UCAACAAUUUUUUUAUGACAAACACUUCAAUAAUAUUAGUUUGCGGUAAGUGGGGCCAUUUUUUCAAAUAGGAAAAAAAAAAAAGCAUGGGGUGACUGGUAAACCAAUCAGCACCAACUUGUUGCAAAGGAAGAUUCCCCUUUCCGUUCCAAUCCUCUAAAAUACAAUUAGAAAAACAAAUCCUCAUAAUUUAGAUCUAAGACUGCAGUAAUCUCAUAACACAAAUCCUUUGGCUACUAAACCAAGAAAACCCAGUUGUGUUUCCGAGUGGUUGAAUCUUCCAGGCAGAUAAACUUCCAUUUCUUUCUGAAAGUUUCUCCUUAUUUCUGAAAGUUGUGUUUCCAUUUCUUUCCGAUGGUUCAACCUUGAUUUCUACUUUGUUCUUUUUUCUUUUUAUUUCGCUUUCUUCAAGUUCCUUUCUUUUUGUAUUCAGUUUUACUUACUUUUGCUCAAAAAAGAAAAAAAAAAAAACCCAACCUUCAAAUCCCUUUUGAUUGAUUUGAAGUAGUAAGAAUCUUCUCAACACAAAGUGUAUAGUUUGAUUUUGAGCAAAUUAGAGGUAAAGGAGUGUUUGGAUUGACGAUCAAAUUCUUGGAGUUACAACUUCAUAUUGAAGUGCUGGACUAAGCUGGAAGAAUAGCCCAUUGAUUCUCAUACUUCGAAUCCUUCUUCAAUUUGAGCUUGUCAAGCAUGGGUUGCGGAUUUUGUGAGGCUGCUCUUUCUAACACAGUUGGAACACUGGUUGUGGACUGUGUGGUGAAGCCGGUAGGACGUCAACUUGAUUAUGUCCGUCGCUUUCAAGACAAUGUUGAAAAGCUCCUAAAGAAAAAGCGUGAACUUGCAGAUGCACGAAAGCGUCUACAACAUGAGAUUGAGGAAGCUAAAAACCGGCUUCUACUAAUUGAAGAUGAUGUACAUAACUUACAAUCAAGGGCAGACGAAACACUGUCGGAUAUGGGAACUCUGGAGGAGGAAAUCCAACUGAAUAAGAGGUGUCUCAAUUGGUGUCCUAAUUGGAGUUGGAGAUAUCAAUUAAGCAAGAAAGCAAUGAAGAAAAUCCAGGAUAUCUCUGAGCUUUUGGACAAAUUUGGUGAACUUGGACCAGUCGGUUACCGUGAUCUUACUGCCCUUCCCACUAUAGACUUCCUAUGUUCUAAGGAAUUUGUGGUUUCGGAAUCUUCGAAGGCUGCUUUCAAUCAAAUCAUUGAAGCCUUAAAAGAUGAGAAUAUCAACAUGAUUGGGUUGUGGGGGAUGGGAGGGUGGGCAAGACCACCCUGGCUCGUGAAGUUGGAAGUCAAGCUCAAAAACUGAAUUUGUUUGACAAAGUUGUGAUUACGGUUGUGUCUCAAAAUCCAAAAUUUGAGAGAAUUCAAGAUCAAAUUGCACAAUACAUACGCUUUGAUAUGAAGAAUGAACAAGGAAGAAGAUCAGAGCAAGACUUAUGGUUAAGGCUGAAGAAUGAACCGAGGAUUCUUAUCAUCCUUGAUGAUAUUUGGGAAUCUAUCAACUUAAAGGAGAAGAUAGGAAUUCCAAUUGGGGAUGAUCAUAAAGGCUGCAAAGUUCUUUUAACAACACGCCGUCAACAAGUAUGUCGAGCUAUGGAUUGUCAAAACGUGGUACAACUUGGCUGUUUGGAUGAUGAUGAAGCUUGGACUCUGUUUGAAAAGAAAGCAGGUCUAGAUGACUUUUCUGAUGAUUCUAUUAGAACCCCAGCAAAGAAAAUUGUCAAAAAGUGUGGGGGUUUGCCUAUAGCUAUAGUUCCGCUGGCAAGUGCCUUGAAAGGUAAAACCCAUCAUGAGUGGCAAGCUGCAUACCGGAGACUCAAAGAUCGUAGAUUGACUGAAAUUGAGGAUGUUGAAGAAAAUGCCUAUGUAUGUCUUGAGGCGAGCUUCGACUACUUGAAGAAUAUGGAGACCAAGACAUGUUUCUUGUUGUGCUCUUUAUUUCCUGAAGAUGAUGAGAUUUAUGUGGAGAACUUGGUAGGCUAUGCAUGGGGACUGGAGUUGUAUAAAGGCAUGGACUCAAUUAAAGAUGUUAGAAGUGAAGUGCUUGCAUCAAUUGAGGCCCUCAAGAACUCCGGUUUGUUGCUAGAUUGCGGAGAAAGGCAUGUCAAAAUGCAUGAUGUGGUUCGCCAAUUUGCUUUGUGGAUAGCAUCUUCAAGAAAGGAGAUUUCUUUUGGGACUGUUGAAACACUCCCGAUGGAUGAAAGUUUCAAGUAUUACACAGCAAUCUCCUUCGAAACUGAUCAAACGGAUGAACUUCCUAAAGAAGUGGGUUUUCCAUACCUCAAACUUCUUUUACAUGGUGGCAAUCGUUUCACGGAAACUUCAAGCGAAUUCUUUGAGGGUAUGAAGGCAUUACAAGUUUGUGCUUUGAAUUAUCGAUUGAUAUCUCUGGCUGCAUUUAAGUUUAAUAUGAACCUUCGAACUUUGUGUUUGAUUAAUUGUGAACUCUCUGACAUCUCGAUGCUUGGGAAGCUGAAGUCACUUCAUAUUCUCUCUUUAAGUCUAUCUGAUGUCACUGAAUUGCCGACUGAAGCUGGUGAUUUGGAAAAUCUAAGACGGUUGGAUUUAUCGUAUUGCGAUAAUCUACGACGAAUCGCUCCUAAUUUAAUACAAAGAUUGUCCAAUUUAGAAGAACUAUACUUGCAUGGUUGUAGUUCAUUAAAAUGGGCGACUGAGAAUUCAACUAAAAAGGAAAGCUAUUCCAGCCUAUCAGAGUUGAAUUCAUUGCCAGAGUGGAUUGUAAUAUCAUUGGAUAUUUCUUCUAAACAUCUUCCAGAUGGCUUUGUGUUUCGUAGAUUUUGGAGCUUUGAUUUUUGCAUUGGCAUAAGAAGAGAAAGUUGGUAUGAAAAGAGGCACCUUGAAAUUUGUCCAAUCUCAAGAUCUUUGAGAAUCGGUAAGUCUGUAGAUGCAUGCAAGCAACUAUUUGAAGAUGUAGAAUCUCUUGAAUUGGGUGAUGUGAAGGGUCACCCAAACCUUAUUCCGAGCUUGGACUUGGGAUUUAGUAAGUUGACUUCUCUAGAUCUUCGAUGGUGCAACUCUAUGCAAUGCCUAAUUGAUGCAUCAAAGCAACAGGUGCCAAUCACUGCAUUCUCUAAUUUGAGAAAGUUAUCAUUAAGUUGUAUGUUUGAUUUGGAAGAGAUGUGCAAUGUUCCCCAGCCGCAAGGUUUUUUACAAAAGCUUGAAGAGGUUAAAGUUGAAGGUUGUUAUAAUAUGCAAGUUUUAUUCCCGAUUGUUGAAUUUAGGGGCAUAGAACAGGAAGGGCCCAGUCGUCAUUUAAGCCUCCAAAGUCUGAAGAUUGUUGAAAUAGAGGGAUGCGUUAAUUUGAAAUAUAUCUUCCCAAUGUCAGUUGCUAAUAGCCUUGGGCAAUUGCAUACUUUGAAGAUAAAGAGUUGCUCACAAUUGGAAGAUAUAAUCCAAGACAGACCAUUGGCAUACAAAUGUCUACUCCAAAGUCUAAGGGAUGUUUCGUUGAUUGAUUUGCCUCAAUUGAAAGGAAGGGAUGUGAACGACAUUAUGUUCACACAAUCAUCUUUGCAGAAGUUAAAAGUGCACAAUUGUCCAUGCAUUAGCACAAGAAGAGAAAGUUGGUACGAAAAGAGGGACCUUGAAACUUGUUCAAUCUCAAGAUCUUUGAGAAUCGAUAAGUCUGAAGAUGCAUGCAAGCAACUAUUUGAAGAUGUAGAAUCUCUUGAAUUGGAUGAUGUGGAGGGUCACCCAAAACUUAUUCCGAGCUUGGACUUGGGAUUUAGUAAGUUGACUUCUCUAGAUCUUGGUUGUUACCACUCUAAGCAAUGCCUAAUUGAUGCAUCAAAGCAACAGGUGCCAAUCACUGCAUUCUCUAAUUUGAGAAAGUUAUCCUUAAGUGAUAUGUUUGAUUUGGAAGAGAUGUGCAAUGUUCCCCAGCUGCAAGGUUUUUUACAAAAGCUUGAAGAGGUUAAAGUUGAAAGCUGUUAUAAUAUGCAAGUUUUAUUCCCGAUUGUUGAAUUGAGGAGCAUAGAACAAGAAGGGCACAUUCGUCAUUUAAGCCUCCAAAGUCUGAAGAUUGUUGAAAUAGAGGGAUGCGAUAAUUUGAAAUAUAUCUUCCCAAUGUCAGUUGCUAAUAGCCUUGGGCAAUUGCAUACUUUGAAGAUAAAGAGUUGCUCGCAAUUGGAAGAUAUAAUCCAAGACCGACCAGUGGCAUACAAAUGUCUACUCCAAAGUCUAAGGGAUGUUUCAUUGAUUGACUUGCCUCAAUUGAAAAAAAGGGAUGUGAAAGGCAUUUUGCUGACACAGUCGUCUUUGCAGAAGUUAAAAGUGCACAAUUGUCCUCAAUUGACACAUUUUUUUAUUUCGACUACGAUACAAGAAUUGGUGUUUGGGAAGAUGACAAAUCAACAAUUGAGCAAUUUGCAUUCAUGUAAAUACGAGGAAUUGGAGCAAGAUCAAACAUCACCACAACAUCAUCUUCUACCUAUUUGCUUUCCAAAUCUGAUUCUAAUUGAUAUCUUGGAAUGUGAAAGCUUGAAAUCUCUCUUUCCAAUUAUUGUUGCUCAAGGUAGCUCUAAAAAAUUAAAUGCGCCCAAUUUACAAAUUCUGAAGAUAAAGAGGUGCUUUGGAAUGGAAGAAAUAAUUCAAAACUCACCAGUAUCAACCAUAAGCUUCCAAUGUCUAAGGGAAGUACAAGUUACAGAAUGCAAUAAUUUGAAAUUUCUCUUCCCAAUGUGUGUUGCUAAUAAUCUUGGGAGAUUGCAAACCUUGAAGAUAGAGAGAUGCUUUGGAAUGGCAGAAAUAAUCCAAGUCUCACAAGUAUCAACCAUAAACUUUCAAUGUCUAAGGAAAGUACAAGUCACAGAAUGCAAUAAUUUGAAAUUUCUCUUUCCGAUGUGUGUUGCUAAUAGUCUUGGGCAAUUGCAAACUUUGAAGAUAUGGAGUUGUUCUCAAUUGCAAGAAAUAAUCCAAGGAUCAGAAGUGUUAAUCUCAAUGGCUCAAGGUCUUCCACGAUUGAAUGAAGUUGAGUUGAUUAAUUUGCCUCAAUUGAAAGGAAUGGAUAGAAACAACAUCGUGCUGACAUCGCCAUCUUUGCACGUGUUAAAAGUGAGAGAUUGUCCUCAAUUGACACCUUCUAUCGUUUCACCUAAUAUACAAAUAUUGGAGUUCUCGGGGAUGACAGAAAAGAAGCAAAUAAGCAACGUGACAGUCCCUGAAAGGAGAGAAGGAACAUCAAUAUGUAUGGAAUAUUUAACAAUUUCCAAUUUUGAAGAGUUAUUUGAAUAUCCUGGAUAUAAUCUUUCAAGUCUGGAGAUCCUAACGUUGUCCGAUCUCACUGAAUUGCGGGUGAUAUGGAGUGGUCCAAAAUUAGAGCAGGUGUUUGAAGGAGAUGAGUCAAAUGUGAGUAAGGACAAAGAGAAAGUGAUACACCUACCUCGAUUAACCGACUUAGUGCUUCGUAACCUACCAAAUCUCGCGAGCUUCAGCCCUGUGGGUUAUCAUUUUGUUUUCCCAUCUUUGACGUACUUAAUAGUAAAAGGUUGUCCCAACAUAACCACAAGAUUUAGUGUUGAUUCAGAGAAAUCAGUGCAUGCCAAAACACAGGCAAGCCAAUCAGUUGAUGAAAUUACAGUGGAAGAAUCUGCUACAGCUCAAGAUACUGCAUGGCCAAUUGGUAGUGAUAUAGACUGGUGGACCAAAGAGGAAGAUGAAAGAGAUUUUGAAUUUUAAAAUGAAUGGAGCAGUAAAUGAAGUUAUUUCUAUUUAAGGAGUUAAUUUGAAAAUUAAUCAUUGUGAUGCCAUUUAUUCGUUAUUUUAUACUAAUGUGAAUUUGAAGAGAAUAGUUUAACCAUAAA